AUGGCCACCUCGCCGGAGCCACCCCGCCGGAUGGCCGCUCGCCUCCCCGUCACCCGGUCAUCUCCCCGACUUCCUCCUCAACCCCCGCUGCCCGAACCCCUACACCACACCGUGAGCUGCCCCCUAUUCCCCUCUAUCCCCGCGGUCCCCGCGCCCGGCUACCACUUCGCCCGCGCCCAAGAACGUCGUCGCCGUGCUCCGGCACCUCCGCGCGCCCCAGCACGCGCCCGCCUCGUCUCGCGCGCUCACGUCGUCGCGCCCCUGCUCCUAGACGCGGAUGCCCGCGCCGUAGCGCUCGCGCGCCCCGGGGCCGCGACACCCUUCCCCGCGCCCCUACUCCCUUGCCAGUUGCCACGCCGCUCGGAGCCGCCCGAGCCCUGCGCCGUGCCCCGCGUCCUCCCCUCUCCCUCGCAUCGGCCAAGCCUGCUCACCGUCGCCCCCCCGACCGGGUUCGGCCACGCCUCAGCCCGCCACAACCGUGCCCGAAGCUGCGCGAGCUCUGCCUCCCCCGCUACAUCGCGCUGCGCGCGUCGCCCCCACCGUCCGUCCUCGCCGCCGUUUCGCCGUACUGCUCUGGCCGCCGUCGAGGCCGGCGCCCCCCUGGUGGCCUCGGGCCUGCACGCCCGGCGCCCGUAA